CCCCACGAACCUGCCAGUGAGUCCAGCCCAGAGAAAGGGAAGGGGGGAGCUUGGCAGGGUCUGUGUGCCCCGCCUCCCCAGGGGGCCCCUUGCCCAGCUUCUGGAAGCGGAGCCCACAGGAGUCAUGGCCCCAAGACUUCUCCUGGCCCUGGCCCUCUGGGCUGGCUGCUCACCCUGCAGUGGGAGAGAAGGCCCCACUGCAGCCCCCACCCAGUCCAGGGUGUGGUGCUGGGCCUUUAGGUACCCGAUGGCUGUAGAUUGCUUCUGGACCCUGCCACCGGCUGCCAACUCCACCAGGCCCACAGCCUUCAUUGCCACGUACAGGCUGGGAGUGGCCGCCCGUGGGGAGAGCCAGCCCUGCCUCCAGCCCACCCCGGAAGCCACCAGCUGCACCAUCCCGGACGUCCAGAUGUUCUCCAUGGUGCCCUACAUGCUGAACAUCACCGCUGUCCACCCCGGGGGCAGCAGCAGCAGCUUCGUGACCUUUGUCCCAGAGCACAUCAUCAAACCAGACCCCCCAGAAGGCGUGCACCUGAGACCCCUGCAUGGGCAGGGCCUGAGGGUGCAGUGGGGACCUCCCAGCUCCUGGCCCUUCCCCGAGAUCUUCUCACUCAAGUACUGGAUCCGCUACAAGCGUCACGGAGCCGCCCGCUUUCGCCAGGUGGGGCCCAUCGAAGCCACGUCCUUCACCCUCAGGGCUGUGAAGCCCCACGCCCGGUACUGCGUCCAGGUGGCUGCCCGGGACCUCACUGACUACGGGCAGUCAAGCCACUGGAGUCUCCCUGCCACGGCCUCGGGGCCGCUGGGCCAGUAG